AUGGAGCCGGGGCUGCUGCGGCCCGCGCCGGUGAGUGAGGUCCUGGUGCUGCACUACAACUACACCGGCAAGCUCCGCGGGGCGCGCUACCAGCCCGGCGCGGGGCUGCGCGCCGACGCCGCGGUGUGCCUGGCCGUGUGCGCGCUCAUCGUGCUCGAGAACCUGGCGGUGCUCGUGGUGCUCGGCCGCCACCCGCGCUUCCACGCGCCGAUGUACCUGCUGCUCGGGAGCCUCACGCUGUCCGACCUGCUGGCCGGCGCCGCCUACGCCACCAACAUCCUUCUCUCGGGGCCGCUCACCUUGCGGCUGUCCCCUGCCCUGUGGUUUGCGCGGGAGGGAGGCGUGUUCGUGGCGCUGGCCGCGUCCGUGCUGAGCCUGCUGGCCAUCGCCCUUGAGCGUCACAUCACCAUGGCCCGCCGGGGCCCCGCGCCCGCGGCCAGCCGGGGCCGUACGCUGGCCCUGGCCCUCGCAGCCUGGAGCGUGUCGCUGCUGCUCGGGUCGCUGCCCGCGCUGGGCUGGAACUGCCUGGGGCGCCUGGAGACCUGCUCCACCGUCCUGCCCCUAUACGCCAAGGCUUACGUGCUUUUCUGCGUGCUCGCCUUCGUGGGCACCCUGGGUGCCAUCUGUGCCCUGUACGCGCGGAUCUACUGCCAGGUGCGGGCCAACGCCAGGCGAAUGCAGGCGCGACCGGGAACUGGCAGGGCCACCUCCGCCCGCGCGCGCCGCAGCCCACGCUCGCUGGCCUUGCUGCGCACGCUCAGCGUGGUGCUCUUGGCCUUCGUGGCCUGCUGGGGACCCCUCUUUCUCUUGCUCUUACUCGAUGUCGCCUGUCCAGCGCGCGCUUGCCCGGUCCUUCUGCAGGCGGAUCCCUUCCUGGGCCUGGCCAUGGCCAAUUCGCUCUUAAACCCGAUCAUCUACACACUGACCAAUCGCGACCUGCGCCACGCGCUCCUGCGACUCCUCUGCUGCGGUCGCCGGCCCUGCCACCGCGGGCCUGGCAGCUCCCAGAGAUCUGCCAGCGUGGCCGGGGUUUCGGGUGGCCUGCAAAGGUGCCUACCUCCGGGCCUGGACCGCAGCUCCAGCCGCUCCGAGCAAUCGUCGCCCCAACGCGACGACGGGAUGGACACAAGCUGUUCUACCGGAAGUCCUGGUGCGGCCACUGCCGGGAGGACCCUGAGGACCCUGGUACCCGACGCAGCUGCAGACUGACACCCUCCGCCCGCCAGCGCUCUCCCCAAGAGCAAACUCGCUUUCUCUAUAAAUGCAUUUGAAGGGAAGUCAACCAAAGAUGGUGGAGGCAGACCACACAGAAAAGUGCGUUUAUUGACUCUAAACUCCCUAACAGCAAAAGGCAAAAAUCUAUGCCCUGGUGGUUUUGAGAAUGUGGUGGGGGACAAAGAUAAAUGCAGAAUAUGCCCAGGGUUCAAAGAAAACCAAAGACCCUGCUGUGAGAGAUUUCGAGAACAGACUGGGGGAUGACUGGGUGCUGAAAGGCCUUGUGGAUACUGGGGAAGGCCUUCAUUCUUGGUCUGAGUGAAGUUCUGUAAGGAUUAGGGACUUGCCUUGGUUCAGGCGUUUAUAGGCCUCCUGUGGCCACUAUGAAACCCAAGGCUGGAAAAGGGAAAGUGAAGGGUGGACAGGAUGAGCAAACACAUGUAAAGAUGAGGGAGAACUGUGAAGAUCAAUGCCAAGGGUAGCUCACUCCAAAAUGUUGACUCUGAAAAAAGCAAAAACGUUGACUCUGGGAGACAUAGCUAAGUCUUUGCAGUCUUACAUCUGGACUGUGGUGUCUGAUUCUC